AUGACUGUAAUCAAGGGUCUACAAAGGUGUAAGGAUUCGCUUAGCAAAUGGAGCAGAAAGGAAGCUAAUAAUCUGAGGGGUUCUAUAAUUACUAAGCUGAACGAUAUUUCCAAGCUGCAAAAUUUAAAUACAGGUGAGCAUACGGGUUGCAUAAAUCAGAAACAGAACGAAGUUGAUGGAUUGCUUGAAGAAGAGAAUAUUAAGUGGAAACAGAGAACUAAACAACGGUGGUUUCAAGAUGGUGAUAGGAAAACUAAGUUCUAUCACAUGUACUGUGCAAACCAAAGGAAGAUGACCAAUUCCAUAAGUAGGAUUGAAAGGGACAAUGGAUUUGUUGCCACAUCUUCUGAGGAUAUUUCAGAUUUGUUCUACAAAAUUUUAUCAGGAACUGAUGUGUGUGAAGCAGCUCUUGACUUACUCAACUCGGAUGGUGAGAUAAACCAGAUAAAUGAGACUCAUAUUGUGUUAAUCCCCAAGAUGAAAACUCCUAAGAAAGUCUCUGAUUUCAUACCAAUAUCCUUGUCCAAUGUCUUCUAUAAGAUCAUCUCCAAAGCUUUGGCCAAUAGAUUGAGAAAAAUUCUUCAUGAGGUCAUUUCAUCCACCCAAAGUGCUUUUGUCCCAGGGAUUGAUUAUGGAUAA